UUUCCCACUAACGUGCAAUUAAUUUAGCUCGCCUAUUGUCCACACCGCGGCGAACUCAAGCAAGAAGCUGACCCUCUUCGCCACUGGGGGGACCGCAGCCUCCGCCUGCCUCGAUCCAGCAGCUCCGGCGCGGAGCGGAAGCGAGCUCCGACCCCUCCUCUCGGUGCCGGGGAAUCCGGCAGCGGCGGCCGGCGCGGCAUGGCGGCCCGGCGGGCAGGCCCCGGCGGGGGAACUGCUUCAAAUGAUAUGGGAAAAAAACAAGUGUGCCCACCUCGUGCCCUUCCUCCAGUGCCAAGUGGAAACCAAGAUGAAAUUCCACUCAGUCGUCCCAAAAAAAGGAAACCCAAAGGAAAGACUCCAUUAGAUGGCAUUGUCCAAGCAGCAGUUCGUAGGCAGUCUGAAAGCAGUGAGCCUCUAACUCCUGAACCUCCUGAUGUCCCUCAGAGGAAACGCAAGAAGAAGAAAGUACCUACUGAUUCUGAGACCUCUUUUACCCAGCCAAAUGUUGCAUCCUUAUUUCAGAAUGGAAAUGGCAUGGAUGUCCCUGAAACUGAAGAAACAGUGGUCCGCAAACAGAGAAAAAGAACAAAGAAGUCUCGUCCAGCUGAAACACACUCUUCAAAUGAGCUAGAAGUGGAGGAGGAAGACAUCCUUGAGGAUGAGCACAGAAAGAGCCUAGAUCAGCAGCCUGUGUUUGCUGCUCCCACUGGAAUUAGCCAGCCUGUCAGCAAAGUGUUUGUUGAAAAAAAUCGGCGUUUUCAGGCAGCUGACCGUGCAGAAUUGAUUAAAACCACUGAAAAUAUCAAUGUACUUAUGGAUGUGAAGGCUUCAUGGACAACCAGAGAUGUUGCACUCUCAGUGCACCGAAGUUUCAGGGUGAUAGGACUCUUUACCCAUGGCUUCCUUGCUGGAUAUGCUGUAUGGAAUGUUAUUGUUAUCUACAUUUUGGCAGGAAGUCAACUUUCCACUGUUUCUAACCUGCUUGAGCAGUAUAAGACACUGGCAUACCCGGCUCAGUGUUUGUUCUAUUUGUUGCUCUCUAUCAGUACAGUAUCAGCCUUUGACAGGAUUGAUUUGGCAAAAGCAUCAAUUGCACUGAGGGGCUUUCUGACCCUAGACCCAGCAGCAGUAGCCUCUUUCUUGUACUUUGCUGCUCUUAUCUUAUCCUUAAGCCAGCAGAUGACAUGUGACAGAAUUAACCUCUACACAGCACCUUCGGAAAAUGGAAGUAUCUGGACGGCAGGUACAGAGGAAGAAAUUGUUAAGCCAUGGGUUGUGGUGAAUCUGGUAGUGUCUGUUCUAGUUGGGACGAGUUGGAUCUUCUUGUCUUACCGACCAGAGCUAGACCACAGUGAAGAACUGAUGUUUCAUGCUGAAAUUGAGGAAUAUCCCCAGGGAGAUAUCAUACCCAGAGUCCAGCCAUAGUGUGGAACAAGCAUCUGCAAAUACAGCUGUGACUGAUGUCUCACCAUGUAUUACAGCCAUGUAUUAUAACUUUCAUAAAGAACAAACUUAUUUUUAUAUUGUAUAUACUUGAUUUUGAUCUUUUUAUGUGUGCUACAAUUUUGAAUGUGACUGAAAACUUUUAUACUUUUCUUUUUUACUUUACAAAGUUAUAUUAUCUCUAGUGCAUAAAGUUGAGGUGAUUUUAUAAAUACUACUACCGGUAUAACCAAAGAGACACGGUGGAUGCAGAGUUAGGAAACAUAAACUGCACAAAGUUUGUAAGCAUAAAAUAAUCUGGAGUUAGUUGCCAUUAAAAUUAUUUGCUAGAAUAACAAUUUAAUUAUGGAUUUUGUAUUAAAAGGGGACAAUUCAUUUUUCUUCAUCUUCAUUUUGUUCUUUUGACAUAUCUUGAUGAUAACAAGUUCUUGUAAGUUGAGGUAGAUGUAAGAAGCAGAAGUUUUAAUGUUGCAAGAGUUUGAUUAGCUAACAAGUAUCUAAAUAGAAGUAUUUUUUUGGUUGCCCACAGGAUAUAUGUGCAUCUUAUAAUCUCUUGACAUUCAAGAUGCCAAACUGUUCCAAAGCCAUUCACAGGAAUAGCAUUCCAGUUUGAUAGAAUUAUCAGAUGUCAUGAAACUGUUUUGGUUGGAAGAGACCUUUAAAAUCAUCAAGUUCAACCAUUAAGCCAGCACUGCCAGGUCACUUCUCCCAGCCAGAGUGUGAUUACCCAACACAAGCUUUUAGUUUACAGCUUGUGCUGUGAUUUGCAUUUCUUCUUAUCUUGUGUGGCAAGAGCUCUUUCACUGCUCUAAAGAAACUUGUUUCACAGAUGUUAGAGAUAUUCCUACUUGUGCAUAUUUUGUUGGAGAUUUAUUUCCCCAAAAAGAACGUUUGUUGUUUUGUGUUAGGAUGGAAUGGGAAACUUCUCCCUAAAAUUACAUGAAAAUGCUUUUUAAAGCAAACCAAAACCAUACAACUCACCUGUGAUAUUGCAGUAAUAGUGCAGAUAGUGGGCUUUGGUGAUAGGCAACAUUCUUUUUCUAUUAAAGUGGCAGACUGAAAGCACUGCACAUGUGAAUAAAUACGGAUGUACUGCAGGGCAUAUAUAGACAGAACCUAGUUUGAAAACCAUUUAUCAAGAAAGUAUCACCUGAAGCCACAAAUCUGUUACUGUAUUUUCUAGUAGUGAAAUUAAAAUUACCCAGAUAAAAGUCUUGAGGAGGAAUGCUUAAGAGCUAGUAACUUUCUGUGCUGUUACCUCAGUUGCUUUAAAACAAAGAAUGGGAACAUGAAUAAUACGGGCUGCUGCAGCCUUGUUGAAAAUGAGUUCUGUUAUGCUUAUCCAGCAAAUUUAACUAAUUCAAAAGUUCAUUGUGUAUGACAUUUUUUUAAUGCUGUAGUAACCUUGGGGGUAGAGAAGGAAGGCAUUCAGGCACAGCUGCUGGCUGUUGUCUGGUAUUCACUUUGUUGUGGGAAGGAGCUGUUAACCCUGUUUGUAAAUUGCUAUGGCUCUUGUGUGUCUAUUUUCGCAAAAGUUUAAAGCUAAAUUAUGCCUGGCACUCUGUUAUUGUACGUUAAAAUUGAGAUACUCGGGGUGCCUCUCCCUUUCAGUGUUGCACUGGAGGAUCUUGUCAUGAUUUGACUGUUGGAGAAGGGGGAUGGGACACUUUUUAGUGUUUCCAUGUAAACUGCCACCAGAUCUUCUCCAGGUGUAAUAUGGCUGAUUUACAGAGUUGUUGAGCUCCAGAAGAUGAGAUUGAUAAUGGCUUCUCUUAUACUGUCAUCAGCACAAUUUUGCACAUGAAGUAUGGAGAUGGGGCAGAGUUGUGCUAAGGCAUCACAUCAGUAUGGAGGAAACUUGAGUAAUAGCAUGGCUUGAUUUCUGAUAUUAUUACUAGAAAUUUACCUUCAAAAUAUCCCUUGGGCAAAGUGAUGCUAGCCAAGAGCCAGAUCCCUUCUCAUUGUGAAGUACGGUAGAUGGAUGAGCAGAGAUUAAAUUAAUUAACCUAAUGGGAUCAAUAUUUCAAACCAGUUUUGCCUUUCCAGUGUAUCUUUUCAGGAGGGUCCAAGUACAUGCAUGUUUCAUUUACUGUGGUUUGCCAUAAAUUACACUUAAUAAACAACAACUUGAUGGCUAAUAGUCUAUUUACAAAGACCUUUUCCAUUAAUCUUCUCAAUGGAAUGAGUUUAACUGAGCUUUUUUGUUUAGUUACUUGAUGAGUUUUAGAAUGAGUUUACAAAGUAGAUGUUUUAAUUACAGAACAUGGCUAUAUGCAUAGAAGCCUUAACUGCAUUUCUAUACCAUUGUCUUUAAUGCAGUAUUCUUGUUAAUGAAAAUAAAUGUUAGUGCCAAUUUCUUGGUUUUACAUAUAUGAAACAACUACUCUAAACUAGUUAGAAAUGGUUGUAUUACUUUGUUCUGUUUACAAAGGAUUAAUCUGUAUAAAAUACAUCAGUCUAUUUUUUCCCCUAGUGCUAAUGUUAUGUAUAAUAUACAAGCUCUGAACAGAGGAUUAUGGAAAAACCAUAUUUUCUUUAUUUGUAGCAGUGUUGUAAAUAAUUACCUUGCUUUCCUCUUCAUCAGACUCCUGCUGCUGUACUGGUCUUUUGUGCAAUUAGAAAUGAUACUGUAAACAGGCCUCCACAAUGCCUUCCACACUAAAUUGUUCUUAUUUUGCCCCCUAAACCACAAUCAUUUAAAUUUUGGAUAAAUUCUAGUUGUUUUUUGUUUUGCUUUGUUUUAAUGUAACUUGGCUCAGAUUUCCAAAUGUGAAGCCAGGUGGAAUUAAUUUGAAAUAACCGUUAAAA